AUGGAGAAGCUACAGGUCAAAUUAGUUCGUGUCACCCAAAUGAAAAAGAAAAAGGAAAUGGAGUACAGUAUCUAUUCAGAUCAUCUGCACUUUGAAAUCAGGAAAAUCGGAUAUCGAAACUUUUCGGAGAACUACAGUAGUCUGGAAUUCCACUUUUCCUCAAAACAGUUAUGGAAUGAAAUUCAUCAUAGUUAUUGA